AGUCCAUGAUGUCUGUAGUGAUGGUCUGUUGUUUUAUCUGAGGAAUGGAGGAUUAGCAGAGGUGAAGCCAUGGGUUCCAGCACAUCUGUCGACAAGCAGCUUCAACAAUGUCUGUGAAGUGGCUCCUGCGGUGGACACUCGGGUUAAAGAGGACAAAUGUGGCCCCGUGUCUUUUCCAACAGAGAGCUCUGUCAGGAGCUGAGGCCGUCAACGCACUAAGACCGUUUUAUUUUGCCGUCCACCCAGACUUCUUUGGUCAACAUCCCAGGGAACGGGAAGUGAAUGAAAACUCUUUAAAAAGACUGAAUGGCUACUUAGAGAAUCUGCAGAAACCUGGCUUACACUCGGUUAAGCCAGUGAAGCUCACCUUUUACGUCCGGGACACAAAGGACGGCAGUGACGUGCAGACGGAGCUCACCCCAGGAUUUCGGUCUGUGAGUAUCACCUUGCACACCAGUGACGUCUUGAGCACGGUGAUGAACGUAUUAAAGUCGUGCAGUCUGUCUGUGGAGCACAUGAAGGGACUGAAAGGAAGCACAGCAGUCUCCCAGAGUCCACCUGGGGGAGAAGUGCCUUUCUACAGACCUAUCAAAUGGGACAAGAGCUACUACACCUUCACUGGCUUCAGGGACCCUGAACAGGAGCUGGAACAGGCCAGGAGAGUGGAGCCUACACUCAGCCUGUGGUUAAGAAAAAUCGAGCCUGAGGCCACGAAGAAGCACAUCGCUAGUCUUCCUCGGAGAGAAGAGCUGAAGAGACUGACCAAGGAGCUGUGUCACAAGUUUGACCUGGUCGACAUCAGGUGGCAGCGCAGCUGGGGCGUGGCCCACAGGUGCUCCCAGCUGCAGAGUCUGAGUCGUCUGUCCCAGCAGAACCCUGAGGCCCUCAACACUCUGCAAGGCCACACUGUGGUGUUUGCUGACCUGUCAGGGAUGAACGCUUCUGGACACGUCCUACUAGGAACUACAGAUGUUCAUCAUCAGUGGACCAAACUCUUUCGGCAGCUCCCCAGCUAUCGCAGCCUGCAGCAGCAGACGGAUUUGCUGAAGGACAGGAUCAGCUUCCUCCUGGGUGGUGCCCAGGUGGGCCAUGUUGAGACACUGGGUCUGGUUCAGCCCAUUGCAGAACACUACAGCACCCUGAGUACGUUUCAUAAGAGCCUGAUGUCCCAACAUCUUCGCCUGCACCCAAGGAGCCUUCAGGGUCUCACCACGUCACUGGAAAAUGAUCGCUCAAAUCCUAGUCUUCAUGAAAUGGGACACUUUAUAAUCCCCACCAAAUGUGACCCACAUAAGCUGCAAGUUUUCCUCCAGAGCCAUGCGGCUGAAGCAAGGCAGCGCAACCAGCGCAAGAUCUUGCUGCAGGAGGAGGAGGAGGCUCUGUUGAAGCAGUGUGUCCACAGUCUGUCCCUGAAGAGUCUGCGCAAGGAUCCCAGCGUCAGCUCCAGUCAGAUGAUCACGUGCUGUAAAAGGCUGCUGGAGCAGCGCUCACCUCUCAUGCAGGGUCUCCACAUCUGCGUCUCCCACUUCUACUCUGUCUUGCAGGACGGUGACCUGUGUGUCCCCUGGCACUGGAAGAGCUGACAUUGUUUUUGUUGUACUGGGUGCUGCUCAGACACCAAAUCUGCAUCAAACUGGGUCGUUUUGUAUGUCAGAAGGUCGUGGUCCAUUGGUCAGCCCUCAGCGGGAAUGUUGACAUUUCCUGUAGGACAAUUAAUGUGGGCUUGUCCAAUCAAAGGCACUUCAGAAUCACGUUUAAGAGAGUGCAAUCGUACUGAAGCUGUUAAAUUUUUUUUUUUUUAACAAAUUGGUUUGUCCAAGUAUUAUUGCUGUUGUGCAACGUUCACUGAGAUAAUUGAGUCAUUGUUUUGUUAACAAAACAUUUAGUUCAGGCCACUCCAACAUGUCCUACUGUUCUGUGUCAUUUCCUUGAAAAUUAAACCUGGCUGUUACCAAUGUAAAGCAAAUGCAGAGAUCAUUGAUAUAUGCCUUUCAACAUCAGCUCAGUAACAUCAGUGAUAUGGAACAUUCAGUGGUGUACCGUCAGGUCAGCAAAGCAACGCACGGAUAAUCUGAACAAAUGAGUAACUGAACUGAUCUUGAGGAAAGAGAUUAUUUUUUAAUCAGAAGUUUUGGUGAGUAAAUUAUUAUAUAAUUAUA